AUGCAACCGUAUUCUCGACUAUCCAUCGACUCCUCCAGGCUCCUGCUAGGAAGAAAGGUCUCAGAGUCGUUGAGCAAGCAGGUGGCCGGAAGGAAGAAACAUGGGCAUUGCAUACGGGAAAAGAAAGGAGAAAGGGCAACGUACUGUGUAGACGCGCCCCCCGGAUUUAGACUGAUCACAACAGCGGCGGCAGCAAAAGUUUCGUGUGUGGCAUACGGAUACUGGCACGACUGGCGAGAAAGACUGGGUGGUGGUUUCCAGCCCAUCUGCCCUCCGGAUGCAAGUAUGCUUCGCAUAAUGUGUGUACCGUCGCCUGCUGUUGGCUCCGUUGGUGACAAUCCAGCAGCAGCAGCAGCAUGUAUCUAUCUGUAA